AUGGCUGAAAAAGAGGAUGUCACCAACGCUUCUUCCAAUGGAUACCCGGUUUCCCAGAGCCCGCCACUUCAGCCUCUGAUAGAACUACCCCCAUAUCGUCAGGAUCCCGACCAUGAUCCUGACCUGGUAACGUGGGAUGGCCCCGAAGAUCCCGACAACCCGAAGAACUGGCCACCGGUCAAGAAAUGGACGACAAUCAUUCCCAUGUCGCUGUUCAACUUUCUAUCCUCCAUGAGCUCGGCUACCAUGGCACCAGCUCUGGACAGCAUCCAGCAAGACCUUCAUUUCUCGUCGAAUAUGCUGGCCGUGCUGUCGCUGUCCGUAUUCUUGCUGGGAAUGGCGAUCGUUCCCUUGUUCACUGCGCCCUUGUCAGAGGUGUUUGGAAGGGUGGUCGUCCUCCAGGUCACCGACAUGUUUUACAUUCUAUUCAACACCUUAUGCGGUGUUGCAAAGACCCCAAUCCAGCUUAUUGGUUUCCGUCUCUUGGCUGGUCUGGGCGGUGCAGGCGCCAAUUCGAUCGGAAGCGGCAUCAUUUCAGACCUCUUUAUCCCUCAGGAGCGAGGCAAGGCCCUCUCCGUCUAUGCCCUCGCCCCAUUGUUCGGCAUGGCUGUCGGCCCCAUCGCAGGCGGCUUCCUCGCCCAAUACACGACCUGGCCAUGGUGCUUCUACCUUGUGUCCAUCAUGGGCGGUGCGGUGCAGAUUCUCGGCCUGCCCUUCUUCCGCGAGACCUACGCUCCAGUUCUACUACAAAGACGAUGCAAGUGCCUGCGCAAGAGCACUCAAAACCCAAACCUCUACACUCUCCAUGACACGACACCUCUGCCACAACUACUCCGAACUAGUCUCGUUCGCCCCUUCAAGCUGCUCGCCACGCAGCCAGUAAUUCAGGUGUGGAGUCUAUACUGCGCUUUCCUCUACGGGACUCUGUUCCUACUCAUUGCGACCUUCCCCAACGUCUGGACCGACAUAUACGGAGAAUCCGUAUCCAUCGGCUCCCUCAACUAUAUCUCCUUAUUCCUAGGCAUGGUCCUCGCCUCGCAGGCCGGCACCCGUCUGGCCGAUCGCUACUACCGAAAGCUCUGCGCCCAGAACGGCGGACGCAGCCUGCCCGAGUUCCGCCUGCCAGUCCUGAUGAUCGGAUCCGUGAUUGUCCCGAUCGGACUCUUCUGGUACGGCUGGAGUGCGCGACGAAGUAUCCACUGGAUUAUGCCAAACAUCGGAGCUGCUAUUUACGGCGCUGGCACACUGCUCGAGAUCCUCUGCGUGAUCGGGUACAUCAUCGACACGUACCCGAAAUAUGCGGCCAGCGCGGUGGCAGCGGUGGUGUGUUUUCGGAGUCUGUUGGCUUUUGCAUUGCCGUUGGCUGCGCCGAGUUUGUAUGGGAAUCUGGGCUUCGGAUGGGGAAAUACACUACUGGGACUGAUAGCGGUAGUUGUGGGUAUUCCGGCACCGAUUUUGCUGAGGUAUUAUGGGGUGGCGCUGCGAAAAUGGAGUCUGUAUGCGCGGGAUGAUUAGCUGCCAGGGCC